UUUGUUUCUGCCUCUGGGAAGGAAUUGGGAUGGUUUUUGCUGCUUAACUUUGCUGUGCUCUCCUUUUGCUCCUCCCUGUGCUCCUGGGUUGGACCUUGGACCUGCUGCAGCUCUGACUGGAUGUGUUUGUGCCAUUGACGUGGAUUUUUUUCAGUCACAGGAAGAGCAAACAUCCCAAAGAAAAUUAAAGUGUGGGAUUUCCAAGAAGGAUUUUCACAUAAGGCCCAGCCUUGUUUAGCUGCUGGAUUUUGGGAAUUCCUCACUCUGAGCACCAGCCCGGGGCAUUUCAGCUGUUCCUGACAGCAUCUCUCGGCUAUCAGUAUUCAAAUAUCCAACUAUUCAAAUUCACAGCGUGCAUGCACCAAGGAGUGAUAAGAACUUUCUCCUUGCAUACCAAAGAGGAGUUUUCUGCAACCCUUCCGUGUUCUUGGAACCAGAUUGGGGGGAAAAGCACCUCUGGGAAGCACAUGUGGAAUAAUCAUCAACCAGGCAGCCUCUGGAGAGAAUGCAGAGCCAAUGAAGAAGACAGCGCAGGGACAAGUUGAAAAUUAACUCCUGGCCUGGCUCCACCUCUUAACCAGCAAAGGGUGCUCUCAAAAUUAUUUAUAAAGAAGCUCAAGAAGCCUGGGCACCCCUCAGUGGAGCUGUGUGCCCGUGUGGGUUUGUUCUGUGGUGCUGAUGGGCUGCUAGGCUGUGCUGAGGGAGCGCUGAGGGCUGCAGAGCCCUGGCAGGAUGAGCGGGGUGAAGGUGGCAGCCCUGGGACGCCUCUCCAAGCUGCUGAAAACCCUGCGGGCUGUGCCAGCACGGCCCUGCAGCCUGGCUGCCUGCUCCCGGACCAACAGCAGGAAUGCUGCCUUGCACCCGCUGUGGCAGAGCCCGCUGACGAUUCCCGGGGGCACCCGCCAGUCUCCCAUCAACAUCCAGUGGAGGGACAGUGUUUAUGAUCCCUUCCUGAAGCCUCUGAAAAUCAGCUACGACCCCACCACCUGUCUGCACAUCUGGAACAACGGCUACUCCUUCCUGGUGGAGUUUGAUGAUUCUGCUGAUAGAUCAAUCAUCGUUGGAGGCCCCUUGAAAAACCAGUACAGGCUGAAGCAGUUCCACUUCCACUGGGGAGCUGUCAAUGACUGGGGCUCAGAGCACACAGUUGACUGUAAAUUUUACCCAGCAGAGCUGCACUUGGUGCACUGGAAUGCUGUGGAGUACCCGAGUUUUGAGGAAGCUGUGAUGGAAGGGAAUGGCCUGGCUGUUAUUGGAGUGUUCCUAAAGCUGGGAGCGCGGCACGAGGGGCUGCAGACCCUGGUGGAUGCCCUGCCAGCAGUCAGACACAAGGACACUGUGAUCGAGUUUGAUGUCUUUGAUCCCUCGUGCCUGCUCCCUUCCUGCCCUGAUUACUGGACCUACGCUGGCUCCCUGACCACUCCUCCCCUCACUGAGUCAGUCACGUGGAUCAUUAAGAAGAAGCCAAUCGAGGUGGAUGAGGAUCAGCUGGAGGCCUUCAGGACGCUGCUGUUCUCGUCGCACGGCGAGGAGGAGAGGAGGAUGGUGGACAACUUCCGCCCGCUGCAGCCGCUGAUGGACCGCACCGUGCGCUCGUCCUUCCGCCCCCAGCUCGGCCCCUAAGCUGCCCCAGCAGCUCCCCUGCCAUCCCUGCCCUUCCCUGGCUGGCCCCAGGAAAGCUCUGGGGGGUUUUAGUUUUGAUUUUUUUUGAAGAAGUGAGUGGUAUUAACUCUUAACUUGCUCCGAGGCAGGGGUGGAGAAGGGAUUGUUAAGACAGUUAAAGAUAAGGACUGCAGAGAUCCUCCCCUGCUCCUGCUCUGGAUUGUUCUGUGGUUCUUCAAAUGCUCUUUCAGUGCCUUGCAUGAAUUAGUAAUCCUGGGUAAAAAUUCUUAAGAAAGAGGAUGUGGGAAGCAAAGAAAAGUAUCAGGACUGAUCAGAUCCUUUUAGGGAAUUAUUUGAUGUUUGGCAAGAGAGCUGGAAGGGAACUAGCUUGUCUCAGAGACAUUUUACCUUCUUCCUUUCUCCUUGGAUGAGAGGAGAAGGACAAAAAUGACUUCCAGGAUCUCUUUCCAUUCUGUUGGCUGCACAUUCCAUGUUUGAUGUGGGUGCCCACUAUAAUGACACCACGAGCCAGAAGACGUUUUCUAAAACCUUUUAACAACUGUAGAAGCUUUGGCAGCUUUUGUUUUCCUGUGUUAAUAGUCUAUCAGGAGAAGAGAAUUCAAUAGUGUCUCAAGACUGGCAAGAACAGCAGAUUGGGUGAAAAUGUCCAAUUGAUCCCAGGAAACUGAUCACAUCAAAGGAAAGCAAGAUUAGAUAAAGCCCAGCUGACCCUCCUAGUGGGAUCAGGAGGGCAAAACCCCAAACCAUUCCUCAAACCAGUGCCAGGACAGUGUGGACAAAACACAGCACUGAGAAAGGGUUUUAUUUCAAUAACUCAGAGCACUACAGCUCUCUUCAGUUUUCCUAUAAAAACACUUACCCAGCCUCAGUAUUUUCCUAUAAAAACACUUACCCAGCCUCAGUAUUUUCCUAUAAAAACACUUACCCAGCCUCAGUAUUUUCCUAUAAAAACACUUACCCAGCCUCAGGACCAGUGGGGACCAGUUUGUUUUUAUUGCACCUUAUGGUGACAAGGUCCAGUGGGGUUGGGAUUGAUUUGUGGACCAAGCAGAGCUGCUGUGUGAGCCCUUCCCAGGAGCUGGGAUCCAGCAGCCCCAGGGAUCACUGACCUCUCACAUCCCACUAAACCUCAUUUGCUCUCUGGCCUGUAUGCUCUGCUGUAUUCAGCAGAUUAAAUUCCUGCACCACAUUUCUGAUGAGGAGCAGCUCUGUGUCAUCUCCAUGGGUUGUGUUUCAGGAAUCUUUUCAGGAAUUUUCCCUCCCUCUGUUUGAUUCCUGGUGGGAUUCAGUGAAGCCACAACCUGGCUUGGCAAUGCUAAAUCCAGUUUUCCAAUUGGUACUUUGGUUUUUUCGAAGUAUUCAGUUUCAAAGCACCUUAACACUUUCCAGUGUGAUUUCCCUGAUGAUUUUAGGGGUUUCAGAUCAUGUUGUUGAAGCAGUUGAGUGCCCAGAUCCUGCCUUUCCCCCCUCAACAGCUCUACCUCAGGCUGUUGUUCUGCCACAGUUGUGCCUCUGUCCCUGCAUUCAGCUGAGUGGCUCUGGGUGCUGGAAGGAAGGAAAUCUCCCUCUAUCCCAGUGCAGGAUAUUUUUCCAGUUGGGAAUUCAGUGGAACUCUUUGGUUUCACCAUUUCCCCAAGCCCUCCCUGCCUGGGGAACAUUUCCAUCCUGGCUGUGCCAUCUCCCUUUGGAUGGGGCUGGGAUUGUGGAAGGUGUCCCUCCCAUGGCACUGGGUGAGCUUUCAGGUCCUUUCCCACCCAGACCAUUCCAUGAUUUUCUGAUUCCACCAUCUCAGUUGAACUCUGCAGGCUUUGCCAUCACCACUCAGAAUUUUAGCUCCAAAAUCACACCAGUGAUGAUUUUGCUGGAGAAUGAUACAUUCCAAAGCAAAGCUGGAAGGAAUAUCUGCAGUCCAGGGAACAGGAAAAGAAUUAUUUUACUUUUUGCCUGAAUGUGUAGUAAUUAUGAUCCAGUCAUUAAGUCUGAGGUAUUUAUUCAGUGCUGUUCUGAGGAGGACCCUGGACAAAGAUGGCAGCAGCUCAGAUAUUUUCUACUCAUUAAUAGAAAAAAUUGUAAUACAAAGACAUCUUAAUGUUGCCUUCUAUUUAAAACCAGAGUUGCCUCAGCACCACUGGGCUGUAAGUGCAUCAAUCUCCUUAUCAUUUAUUAAUGGAUCUUUUUAAAAGCUUUUAUAAAUGCUCAGUUUUUAAAUUGCUUUUGUAAUUUCCACUGAGGUUUUGGAUUUCUCUUAUCCACUCAGAAGAAUGGUUGAUCCAGCUUUCCAAACAAACCCAAAAACCAGAUUAUUUAGGGAACUGCCAGGGUUUAACUGUUUAACUCCAGCUGCUCUGGAAUCCCACAGCAGCCUCUCCAUGCUUUGCUCCCCUCAAUCAGAUUUUCCUCCUGGAUGUGCAAAUCCCCUUUGAACCACCCUGCAUCCAUCAGAGGGAGUGUGGGAUAUUCCCUUCCCAGUGAUGCAGUUCAAGUUCUCAGAGAGAUUUAUUUAAAGUUCUCACAGAGAUUUGCUUUGUUCAAGUAUUGCCAUGGAAGCUUUGUUAGGGAAUAGUGAAUUUCCAGUGAUGCAGUUAAGCUGUGUCCAUAUUUACAUCAAAUCACACCUAUUUUUACUGACAGAAAAUAAAGAAAUUCCAAUUAUAGCACUGAUCACUUCAAAUAUCUGAAAACAGGGUUAAUGUAGAUAAAAAAAAAUAACUGUAAAGAAGUUUUACAGGGUUUUACCUUUUUUUUUUUGUUGUUUUUGCUGUUUCUUGAGUCCUGCAUUUAUGUGUAGUGUUUGAGCAUCUCCUUUAGGCAGGCAGGAGCUCAGCUGCAGGGCACAUUGUUGGAAUUAAUCUAGAAAUGAAUGUACUGAUGUUUAUUUGUUUGGGGUUUCUUUUUUCAGUUUUAAACUUUCCUGUUACAAUGACUUUUUUGACCUUGUGAAUGUAAACUUUAGGAAAAUAAUGGUGUUUAAAUCAAGAGAUGGGAUAGAAUCCCUGUGCCUUAUUCUCUCAGUUCUGUGUGGCAAGAUGAUUUGAUUGUUGGGUUAGGGCUGAUUUUGCACAAUUGAGUUAAAAAGGAAUUUUUGGGCUCUUUUGGGUGGCACAAUACAAAAGGGUCAAAGCACAUAUUUGUAUUUUCCUUGCUUAAGAGUCACUUUAUUAUAAAUACUGCCCUGGGAGGCAUUGCUGGGGCAGCAAUGACAGUCACAGGAAUAACUCUGGGACAGCUCCCUGCCAAGGCAGGAGGAGGAUGAGGAGGUUUGGAGCUCUGUGCUGGUCUCACCCCAGCUGCCCUCAGGAUUCCUCUGCUCUCACCUUGUCCUGGCUGAGACAACGUCCUUGGUGCUGGAGUGUUUGAUCCCUGCUCCUGCAUUCCAGAACUUUCACUCUGCAGGCGUUCCUGCCCACCUUGGUGCUGCCUUUUCUGUCAGGGAUCACAGGAGGGUCUCCCCUGGUUUUGGGAGCUCCAGAGCUGGAGUUUGCUUUGAUCUCCACAGGGUUUUAGAGGACUGGAAUUCAGCUUUGGAUGAAGGGUCCCCUCGUGCCUUAAUUUGGGAUGUUUUAACUUGUAUUUCCUUUUGUUUUGUGCAUCUUGUUUUUGUGGCCUUUAUGACAUUGUGUAUUUAUUGUGUGUUACCUGCCCGACCAUAACUGAAAUCAGUCUGCAGACAACACCUGGAGCAGGGAAUGCUUUGUUUUCCUGGGAUCCAGGCCCUUCCCCAGAGAUUUUCCCUGAUGUAUAGAACCCUUCAGCUGCUGCAUUUGACACUGUUACAUUAGUGUGCAACUACAAUAAAGGAACAGAGAAACCCACGCCUGUAUCUCGUUGUGUAAUUAAGCUUUUCAAGUUUAAAAAAUAUCAGAUUUCCUGUCAAGAAAAGAUUAGAAUUCCUGAUUGGGAAUGCCCCAGUUCAUUAGGAGCAGAGUCUGAUCAGCUGUCAGAUGUUCUGUGAUGCUUCCAAGGCCUGAAAGGCUCUGCUGAGCUGGGUCAGAAGGAAAGCACAAAGAGCUCUCUGUGCUGCUGGAGGGUGUCCCAUGAUUGAUCACACCCAGCCAGAUGC